AUGACAGGCUCCGCCGCCCGUGGUGAGGAGGUCCUCCCGUCAAGAAUCAACUAUUGGCGUCUUCUCUUUGACCAGAACGUGGUGACGCAGGAGAUCGCGAACCACCCCUAUGAUGGCUCCGGAACCGAGGAGGACCCGUACGUGGUCGUUUGGAUCCCCAAUGAUCCGCGCAAUCCGAUGAACUUCAGCUCCGCUAGGAAAUGGUCCUACACUGUCCUCGUCUCCUUCAUCACUCUCACUACCGCAUUGGUCUCGUCUGCCUAUUCGGGCGGAAUGCGCCAGAUUGUCGAAGAUUUCGGUUGCGAUCAGGAGGUUGUCAUCCUCGGCAUCUCGCUGUUCGUGCUGGGAUUUGCAUUCGGCCCAUUGAUCUGGGCUCCACUGAGUGAAACCUUUGGCCGUCGCCAUAUUUUCACUAUCACGUACUGCCUAAUGACGGCGUUUAAUGCGGGGGCGGCGGGUGCUAAGAACAUCCAGACGCUCAUCAUCCUGCGCUUCUUCGCCGGCUUUUCGGGAUCAUCUGCUUUUGGAAACGGCGGUGGCAGUAUCAGUGAUCUGUUUCCUGCGUCUCAACGCGGCAUUGCUAUCAGCCUGUUCGCCGCGGCGCCAUUGUGUGGCCCGACGUUUGGGCCUGUCAUCGGCGGAUUCCUCGGUUCUGGGGCGGGAUGGCGCUGGGUCGAAGGCUUUAUGGCUGCGUUUUCGGGCGUAGUUUGGCUCUGUGUCUACUUUUUUCUGCCCGAGACUUACGCCCCUGUCCUCCUGCGGCGAAGGGCAGCCAGAUUGUCGGAACUGAGCGGCAAGGUUUACCGUAGCAAGCUAGAUAUUGAACGAGGCAUGGUGCCGCUCCUCAAGACUCUCUCCACGGCACUUUCGCGGCCUUGGCUCUUGCUGUUCCGAGAACCAAUUGUCUUUCUGUUCUGUGUGUAUAUGGCUAUCAUCUAUGGCACCCUGUACAUGCUCUUUGCCGCCUUCCCAAUCGUCUACCAGGAGAUUCGGGGCUGGAGUGAAGGCGUGGGAGGCUUAGCCUUUAUGGGAGUCCUGGUUGGCAUGAUCCUUGCUGUGGCGUAUACCAUCCCUGAUAACCUUCACUACGCCAAACUCUGCCGACAAACAACCGGCCGCCUGGCCCCAGAGGUUCGACUGCCACCCAGUAUCAUCGGGGGAAUCGCCUUGCCCAUUGGAUUGUUCUGGUUCGCCUGGACAAACUCCCCAUCCAUUCACUGGAUGGCCUCCAUCGCUGCUGGGGUUCCAUUUGGAUUCGGUGAGGUCCUGGUGUUCCUCAGUGUCUUCAACUAUCUGAUCGACUCGUAUACCAUAUUUGCAGCAUCUGUCCUGGCGGCUAAUUCGGCCCUUCGGUCUCUGUUCGGAAUGGCAUUCCCCCUAUUCACAACCUAUAUGUACCAUAACCUCGGCAUCCACUGGGCGUCGUCGAUUCCUGCAUUCCUGGCUCUCGCCUGCGCUCCAGUUCCCAUUCUUUUUUACCUAUAUGGAGCACGGAUUCGCAAGCGGUGUGUAUAUGCCGCCGAGUCUGAGGCCUUCAUGGAGCGUCUCGCUGAAAUGCAGAACAAUCCCGCACGUCCGCAGCUGGUUGAAGAUAAAGAGAAAGCAGGCAUUGAAGAGAGAAACGAUUCGAGGGACAGUGGUUCUACUGAUGAUACUGAGAGUCUGUCGCUGGCUGGAAUGGGCGGACGAGCUUCUCGAGCGAGUCGACAGUCGGGGCACUCUCUAAGGCACACAGCGACUCACGAGCUAGGACAGGCUUCUAUCUCGUUGGCGGUCGCCCAUGAGUUCCUCACGCGUCCUUCGUAUACCGUCCAUAUUGCAUCCUUUGCUAAUCUGGAACCAGCCGUGGAUGCCCUCAACGCCCGUGCCAAAACCCUGGCGUCAGCGACGACCACAGCCACUUUCCAUCCGAUCAGCGGCCCUUGCAUGAAAGAUGCUUUCCCUGGAGAUACCGAGUCGAUUGAUUAUUUCAAUUUUCAUCCGAUCGGCUUUUGGGGAGCUCGACGACAAGUCACGAACUUGGUGUCGACCACGUUGAUCCCAUGGGACGGCCCGCAGUACGUGGCGAUCUACAACGACUGUGUCCAAAUCAUCAAGAAAACACAGCCAGUGAUCGUGGUUCUGGAUCCCUUUUUUUAUGUUGCCGUGGAUGCGUGCCGCAUGCUUCACUGGCCAUACGUCGCGUUGAGCCCCAACACGGUCAAAGAUAUCGUUCCUCAACCGAAGCUGGCCAGUCUGUGGAAAUACCCAGCCCUGUUCUCAGGAUAUGCCUAUCCCAUGCCGUGGAGAUUGGUGCCUUUCAACAUUUAUCUCACUGUAAAGGUGGGUUGGGCAUUGAUGAAAAGCAAGCAGUCCAAGGAGCUGAAGGAGUAUCGCAAUACACAUGGGCUGAUGGGCCCCAAUCCCUCGGUGAAUAUCAGUCCAGGAGACAAGAUCCCAUUUCUUCUCCCCACUCGACCGGAGACCGAUUUCCCCUGCUUCAUUCCGGACAACUUCACACUCUGCGGGCCCAUUGUGCGUCCCUGCAACCCAAUUUCUGAGGAGUGCCCCGAGCUAGCUGCCUGGUUGUUACUGCGGCCCACAGUCCUAGUGAACAUGGGAUCGCACGUCAAGUACAACCCAGCGCAGGAAAGGCAGUUUGCAGAGGGUUUCCGAAUGCUGAUGGACCGCAGAAAAGAUAUUCAAAUCCUGUGGAAGCUCCAGCGAACGGGUGAAAAAGUUGAGCCUACUGCUCUGGACAGUCUUCGCCCCGCCAUUGAACAGGGCCGUGUGCGUAUCGAGUCCUGGCUGGCCGUGGACCCGAUUUGCGUCCUCCUGAGCGGCCAGGUGCAGUGCAUGGUGCACCACGGAGGUGCCAAUUCCUAUCAUGAAGCUGUCCGAGCCGGAGUUCCCCAGGUCGUACUUCCUCUCUGGUUUGACACCUAUGAUUUUGCCCAUCGUGCUGAGUUCUGUGGGAUCGGAGUCUGGGGCAGUCGUCAGAGUGCGCCCGCCGUCCAGUCAGGCGAACUGGGUCGUGCGUUGAUCCGGGUUCUGGCGAGUGACGAGUCGUUGGCGAUGGCGGAGAGGGCAAGAAGGGUGGCGGCGCAGUUGGGUAAGGAGGGACGCGUGGUAGCCUGUGAGAAGAUCAUUGAUUUGAUCCAGGAGAAGAAGUAG